AUGUCCUCCAAGACGAAGGAGAGCAAGGUGAAAGAGCGCAAGAAGGCUCCAGUUUCGCACAAGGUGAUUGAGAAGAGGAGGAGAGACCGCAUUAACCGGUGCCUUAAUGAACUUGGCAAAACCGUACCAAUGGCUCUUGCAAAGCAGAGCUCUGGUAAGUUGGAGAAAGCAGAGAUCCUGGAGAUGACAGUGCAGUAUUUAAGAGCCCUUCAUUCCGGUGACUUCCCCAGGGGAAGUGAAAAAGGAGAGUUGUUGGCAGAGUUUGCAAACUAUUUCCACUACGGCUAUCACGAAUGUAUGAAGAAUCUAGUUCACUACCUGACCACAGUUGAGAGGAUGGAGACAAAAGACACCAAGUACGCCAGGAUCCUGACUUUUCUCCAGUCAAAGUCCCGUUUUGUCACGGAACCAGUGUUUGGCCCACUAGGCGCCUUGCCUGACCCCUCAGAGUUCUUGUGCCAGCUUCACUCGACAACCGACUUCCAAAGUCACAACCUGAGUGACUCUGUUUUUCAGCAAGGACCAGGACACUUUUCAUGGCACAGUUCUGCACGGACCCCAGCCAAACCUUAUUUAACAAAUGCAGCUGUGCCAGUGACAACGCCUGUACAGCAAUUCGGCAGCUAUUUGUCGCCCGUGCAAGGACUUGACAACCAUUAUAUAAACUUCGUUGGACACUCCCAUUCAAACGCGUUCAGCCUGCAGAGUGCACAAUAUGCUGCCUUGUGA